AUGCCUUUUCGUGGAAAACCAUCUCAAGGAUGUGAAGAGUGUCGCAAACGCCGCAAGAAGUGUGACCUCCGAGCAGGCGGAUGUGGACGUUGCGCGAAUGCACAUCGUAUGUGUCCUGGUUAUCCUCAGCAAGACAGCCUGAGGAUCUUAGACCAGAGUGCAGAAACCGUCUCCAAAGCUCGUGGUACACGUUCUAAAGGAAGCACUCCAGAGACAGAUUCCCCGCUCGGCUCAGACAGAUCUUCAUCGGCUGUUCUUUCCUCUCCAGCAGUCUCUACCUACGUAUCGCCUUUGCCUGUGGACAGCGAAGACUUGUCUUUUGCUUUUUUCUUCAACAACUGCAUCAUCAACUCUAAUGUCUAUCACAACUGUGUCCACGAACCGAACAACAAACAUCUUGUUGCCGGUAUCAAGGCUUUUGGCAUUGCCAACUUGUCCAAGCAUUACUCUGAUAAACGACUAUCUAUUUCCGCCCAACAUCAAUAUGCUACCGCUUUGAAUCUGACAAAUCUCGCUCUUCGAGAUCCAGUCCAGGUCAAACGUGAUGAGACAUUGCUCGCGAUUCUCAUUCUCACCAAUUACGAAACCCUCACAGGCGGCGUUACACGCAGUUUGGAUGCAUGGGAGCAACAUGUCAAUGGAGCAUCGUCUCUGCUCAGCCUUCGUGGACUCGACGGCGUCCAAGGAACUGCAGGCCGAGUUAUCACUCUCCAUGUCAUUACCAGUAUCAAUGUGAUAUGCCUUCUCCGAUGUCUAUCCACUCCACCCUUCAUACAUCUCCUUCAGGCCAAGAUCUUCGAAUAUCUCUACGAACCGGGAAACCCUGCUGUAAGAUAUCAACGAAUCAGUCUCGAGUGCGCAGAUUUCAGACACGCUGUCAUACACUGUCAAAUCACAUCGCCCGACGAGAUUAUAUCUCGCGCAGCCGAGCUGGAUGCAAAACUCAUUGAGGCUUUUACCAACAUUCCUAAAAGCUGGGAAGGCGAAUAUAUCCCGCACUUUGCGCCUAGAAAAUCUGUCGAGGCUGGUUUGCCUAGCUUCGAAAUACGAUAUGCAGAUCAGGCGACAAAUUAUAUAUGGGCAUCGUUCCGCUCCAGUCGAAUCAUGGUUAACGAAGUUGUGUUCCAGUCGAUAUCGAACGAUACAGAUGUGCAUCAGUUGGUACGAGAUCGUUCAAAGGCCAUCAUGCGACAAUGUCAAACCGAGAUACUUGCUGGCAUGGCACAGUACACUUCAGGAGACGAGGAAAUGUUACCGUGGUCAGGCUUCAAACGCCCCGUUCGCUACUUCGUGCCUGAGGCUGUUUCCAGCGACCUCCCAAUCAUGCGCGCUCUUUCCGGUUAUGGUGUAUUGUGGCCUUUGUUUGUUGCUGGUACAUGUUCCACCUCUACGCGGGAGACCAAGACUCACGUGGCGGAGAUAUAUGGAUACUUUGGGGAUCAGCUGAAAAUCGAGCAAGCCCUGCUUCUGCGUAAAAUGAUCUGGGCAUUGUUGAGGGUCUCUGCGUCGCCAAAUUCUAAGAACGUCAGCGCGAUCUGA